AGGGAGUGUGCGUGUGGGAGGGAGCGCACCAGAGGCGGGGCCUGGCGGUGUCACGUGAUCCCCACGCAGGUUGCGAGGUGACGCCGCUGCCCAUAGUUACCCGGCGCCGUGAGGAGAAGAUGGGGUUACUGUCAAUACUACGCAAAUUGAAGAGUGCCCCUGAUCAGGAGGUUCGAAUUCUCCUCCUAGGUUUGGACAAUGCAGGGAAAACAACAUUACUCAAACAGUUGGCUUCAGAAGACAUUAGUCACAUCACACCUACACAGGGAUUUAAUAUCAAAAGUGUGCAGUCGCAAGGUUUCAAAUUAAAUGUGUGGGACAUCGGAGGACAGCGAAAAAUUAGACCGUAUUGGAGGAACUACUUUGAAAAUACUGAUGUUCUUAUCUAUGUAAUUGACAGUGCAGACCGAAAAAGGUUUGAAGAAACGGGACAGGAGCUUGCUGAGCUAUUGGAUGAAGAAAAACUGAGUGGCGUUGCUGUUCUUGUUUUUGCCAACAAGCAAGAUUUGCUGACGGCUGCCCCGGCAUCUGAGAUAGCUGAGGGGUUGAACCUACAUACAAUUCGUGACCGUGUCUGGCAAAUCCAGUCUUGUUCUGCACUCACAGGAGAAGGUGUACAGGAUGGGAUGAAUUGGGUCUGCAAAAAUGUCAAUUCAAAGAAGAAAUGAAAUCACCUCCAAGCACCAAGGAAGGAACCAGAUGGACCAUUUCUGAUCUGAUGAUGAUAAUCAAUUGUUACUGACCAAAUUCUCCGCCACUAUUCACAAUUUUAGCUAUGAACCCAGAAGCAACAUCGGGAGUAAUGUAUCUCCAGUACACUACCUGAAUUUUUGGAAUCCUUUUAUAAAUACCAUACAUGUUCUGUCAAUGUUGCUGCAAUACAUCAUUCUGUGCAUCUCGUACUAUCCUUCUGAAUGCAGUAUACUGCAAACUGCAUGGACUGAUGUGUGAUAAUAACUCUUGUUGGACAUGCCCUCAUUUUCUUUGCUAGCAGCUUUUUAAAAAAAAUCACAAUUGUUGGCUGUUUUCCCUCCUCCUAACUUAAUGUUUCUUUUUUUAUGAGACUUGAUUCCCCUUUCCCUUUCCAUUUGUGUAGAUGAAACAUUGUCCUCUGUAUUUCAAAUUCUGCUGAUUUUUGCCCUUUAUAGUGAACUUUAUCCACUUUGCAAUGUACAAUUAAAUAUACAUUUUAAUUGGGAUGAUCUGCCAUGCAGCUCCUCAAGGACUUGUUUUUCCUCUCUGGUUCCUUUGUGGAUGCACAAAGCUCUGGUGCAUCAGUAGUCUAAACUUACUAAAACUGUGGAGGUGCAAGGCAGAUGAGGGUUGUCAGUUGGAUUGGUGUAUGAUUUGGGCUUAUUAUGCAGCCAAUAAACCCCAAAACCAAAAAGACUGGAGUAAAAUUUACCAAAAGGUCUUUUACAACCCGAGUCAAACCAGAAACUAUCCAAAUUUUACACAAGCAUGUUUGGACCACAUGCAACUGACAAGUUGCUUUAGUCAUCUUGAUUUUUCUUUUGCAGAUUUAGUUUAUAGAAUCCAGUUCUUGUGAGGAUUUUGUUUUCACCUCUCAGAUAGGAAAGCAGCAAAGCAAGUGAAUGGCAAAUCUAUAGCAUUAGGGCUUGGCUGAUUUAAAUCCUCAUUAACGAGCUAUGAGCAGAUUUGCCAUUAAAGGGCUGGAGAGGAAGCAGCUGCCCAGCCAUAGAAAUAGAGUAGGGGAGCUACUGCCCAGGACCGAGGGGAAUGGUCGCUGGCAUAAGGUAAGUUCUUAGUGUGUGACCAUUGUGAUUGUCUAUUGUGUUGUGUCAAUGGAGGUACCUGCAUGUUUUGACAUUAUUUAUUUGCUUUAAUUUUGACCAUUCCUUUUGGUUAUUGAGGCACAACACUUAAGGUGUACAUGUCCAGUGUCUGGAAUAUUUUUCUUGCAUUAGUACUGGUUUCUUUAAAUGCAGAUUUAGUGCAAUAAACAGAACCAGCUUUCUCGAUCUAUAAGAUGUAGUUGCUUUUUAAAUGAUGGGGUUAGGAGAAGAGCUGGGGGCAUUUAACACUAGGGAAGUGGAAUGAGCACUUUCAGCUACACGUCUUGGCUUACAACAGAUAGCCUUCCUGCAAAUAAAAUGGGUUGUUUUUGCUAGUAAUAAACAGCCGUGAAUAACUCUAACUAAUUAGGAGUCUGAAAUCUGAUCUUUGGUGCAGUAUCAAGGGCAAAAUAAAAGGGGGAAAAAAGAUUAUUACAGUUGUGUUCAGUAAAAUUAAAAAUAGUUGCCUUGCGCAUGUUGCAACAGUGAAUUGCUGGAAAUCUUCAUUGGACCUUUAAGAUUAUUUUUCUGGAUUUUAAUUACUAUUAGCUGGGAAUGCAUCCUAGUCAGUCCCUGUAGGCAAGGAUAUCCUGUUUAUUCCUGAUUGAAUUACACUACUGUACAUUUUCUAAGCCACAUCAUCCUAAAUUAAACUGUGUUGCAGUAGCCAAAAUACUAUCUGGAGAAUGAUCCCUAGAUUGCCUUGACUUUGAAAAAUUUGAAGCACUCACCAAAUUUCCUCUAAUCAUCUUGCAGAUUUGUUCUGACUCCAAUAUAUUUCUGUCUCUCCAUGAUUUUUAUGAAGGAAAUGCAAAGCCCUGAAUCUUUGGAAUGGUAUAGCUUGGUAGAGUUGAAGAGACCGGAGAUAGUUCAAACUGUCUUUCUAUCCUUUGGGAAAUGAUUGUUGGUGCACAGGUCUCUAGGAGCCUACAGUCGGUGUCAUGGCUCAGUUCAACCUAGUUUUUCAGUGUGUAGAUUAUUGUGACGUUGAUUAUCAGAAGUCAAACAUGUUACAUGAUUGUAUGUUUGUGUACAAGUGCUUGGCAGCAGCUGGAGCUGUAUCUUGUGGCAGAGCAGUCUGAGCUUUAACUUGAUAUUUUCCUGUCAGUAUUAAGUUAGUUAUGAUUUAAAAGAAAGUUGUUCCCAUGGAAAUGGGCUUAAGUAAUAGAUGACAUAAGGCUUUCUUCAUGAGAUCUCUAUUUAACCAUGUUACUUGUCAUGGUACUUCACAUGUCACUAGUAUGCUGUUUUGCACUGUUCUAAACUGUUUUUAUUGAAGUCCAUCUUUCAUUCCAAAGUUUGUCUCAGUGAACGUUUCGUACAUAAGUUUUUGUAGUUGCUUUUCGUGCUACUAAAAGUUAUUCAAAGGCAAGUCUUCUCUCCAUCUCAUUGUUCUUCACAGUGGAACACAGCUGUUUUAUGAAAAUCAAUUCCUUAAGUGGUGUAAAUCUUUGUAAGUGUUGCUGCAUUUGGUGCUGGGGGGUUUUCAUAAUGAAUGGGAUCACGUGGUUCUAGAAAUUGGCAUAUACCAAUGUUAGCAAUGACACUAAAACACCAAUACUAAUGUGACCAUCACUGGAUUAAGCUAGCAAUAGUUCACUGACAAGCUGAAGUGCUAAUGUUGCUGAAUAAAUUCAGUGAUCACUCAGCCUUCUCUUAGCAAUAACAAUGUGGUCUUUGAUAUUAAAGCAGCUUGGAUUAAGAUUUGCCUGUAACUGUUGAAAACCUGAAAACAACAAAACCGGACAUGAACGCCAGGCCAAACUAUAUUUUUUAAAAAAAGGAUAAGUACAUGUGAUUGGGGAUUUCAUUAGAAAAUAUACUUUACUCUUGAAUGUUAAUGACCUUCUGUUCAUUUCAAACUUUUUUUUCCAAUUCUGCAUAUUGAAUGCAUGAUUGCUAAUUAAUAAAAUCUUCAAUUAUCUGCAAACACCUUCUAAAUUUAUUGGGAGAUCCUAUGAAAAUGUUCAUGUUCACUCAUGCAAAUAUGACCUAGAAGUUCUGAACUUGUAAAGUUAGGUGACACGUGAAAACAAAGUUUCCCCACACAGCAUUAAAACUUAAUUUAGUGGAUUUCACCCCUCGCAGAAGCAUUUACAAAAUGCUUCACAUAUAAUGGGGUUCAUUGACCUUCUGCACCCCAAAGCUGCUGAAUCUCAGAAUUAUUGUUUUAGUUAGUCCAAUCUAAACAGUUAAAUUUGUUUUAAAAAGGUACUGAGAACAGCCCUUAUCUCAUGCUAUGAUGGAAGAGCAUGUCAGUGAACUGUUCUGUUAAUUAAGGUACUGAUAUACACAGCAAUUGCUUUAACUAAACCUGUGGAAGAUGAAACCACCUCAAUAUUAACAAGAAAGUCCUUGACCUCUCUGUUCAAAUCAAUUACUACUACCUAUUUACAGAUUUUCAAAUUUGGAAAAGUGCUUCCUUUCUGCACCUAAAAAAUUACCAUAAUUUCUUCUGGCACUCUCCAGCUGGGUUAAUGGAUGAAGACUCCUGCCCUAAUCAAUCAAACCCAAGUUCUUGCUUCAAUCCCAGGAUUGCCAGUUAUCCUCAUGGAUAUUGUUUCUAAUUUGCAGUUGUAAAUUUUGUCAACGUAGUGAAGAUGGUAGAAGUGGAAUGGAUAUUUUUGAGCGUUAAACAUUUUGAAGAGGAUAAUUUUUGUAUUGCCCAAUACAUUCUCUGUGGAUGAUAUUGUCCUAUAAAGCUGUAAUUUAAGUACAAGAUUACAUUGCAGACAAGUCUAAUGACACCCUCUUUUUCAUGAAGUUCCUUCCUAUUUGCUUUAUACACUUUUGAAAAUACAAUAUUUGCUCGUUAAACUUACCCUGGAGUUGACACAGCGUGUGUUUUAUUUUUGUCUAUUGAUAAAAUAUAAAAGAUCGUGGUCCUUUAACAUGCAGUCAGCAUUACAUUCUUUAUCGGCUGUAGAUGUUCUAUGGUUAAGUUCAUAUUGUUACUGUGUUAUCAACUGUUUGCAGCUUUACAAUAGUCGAAGGAUGAAGAACGUGGUAUUUUUGUCAUAGAUCACACGGUACAUAUAGUUCAAAUGCAGAAUGUCUUGUCCAUGAAAUAAAGACUAUUUAAUA